GAGGGCCAUGUCACAUUCAAGGAAUAAUAAACUUUGAGGAUGGGGGCUGUCUUCUAUCACCUUUCUCCCCUUCCCCUUCAAUCCACUUGAAAUCUAAUUGAAAUCUAAUCUCUACUUUGCAGAGAUAUCAAAAUCGACAACAUCCUGAUGACCGGCGAUGGACAUAUCAAGAUAGCCGACUUUGGCGUGGCGGUUGAGGACAUGUUUGGCGGGAGGAAAAUUAAAGGCAGGACUGGGACAUUGAAAUAUAUGGCCCCAGAGGUCCUGGACAUGAAGGCCUAUGAUGUCGGAGCAGAUUGGUGGUCCCUCGGGAUUGUCAUCUGUAAAAUGGCCAGCAAAACAGCUCCUUUCUCCGAUGGCUCCCACGGAGACAAUUAUACAUCAUCUGUUAUUCAGGACGAGCCCAUUUUUCCAGAAGGGCUUAGCUCAGAUUUGGAAGAUCUUCUGCGAAAGCUCCUGGAGAAGGACCCUGAGAAACGACUAGGCUUCAUGGAGAACGUUCGGAAACACCCAGUUUUUAAUUCCAUCGACUGGGAACAGCUGGAACGCCUGAAAGUACCACCCCCCAUCCAGCCUGAAGAAUUGACAACAAAGGAUUUCCGCAUCCAUUUCAAGAAGCCAUGGGUACCUUUGGAGCCUCAGGAGACCAAAAAUUAUUCAAGUGAUAAAGUAACUCUCACAGAUUUUUCAUAUCUGAGCGACACCUGGGGCAGCUGAGCCAUUUCCGGAGAGUGACCCCUCAUUGGUUGCAUCAGGACCUACUAUUGGACCGACACCAUCAACAUCAUUUAGCUCUGCAAUUCUCUUCCGUCCAGCCUCAAGUCUUCCAUACUGGACACACCUUUGAUCAACCUCUGCUACAGGUCUUUAACUUUAGGCUUUUAUAAUAAACCCUCGCUAUCAGCCCCAUCUCUUACCUGUACCACUGGCCCCUAUAUAUCUUUGGUCCAUACCACCGGCCCCUGUCUUUGGCCAUUACCACCAGCCCCUUUUCUGGCCCUUUCCACCGGCCCCCAUCUCUGGCCCUUUCCACCGGCCAUUAUCUUUUGGCUUUACCACCGGCGACUACCUUAUGCCCCCAUCUCGGCCCAUACCAUUCGCCCCUAUUUCUGGCCCUUACCACAGACUCCUAUUUUGGCACCUAGCACCGGCCCCUAUUUUUUGGCCCAUACCACCGCCCCCUGUUUUUGGCCCCUACCACUGGCCACUACCUUUGGCCCAUACCACUGGCCCCUAUUUUUGGCCCUUACCACUGCCCCCAUUUUUGGCCUAUACCACUGGCCCCAAUUUCUGACCCUUACCACCUGCUCCGAAGUUUGGUGUUUACCACCGUCCCCUAUCUUUGGCCCUUACCAGCAGCCCCAUUGUUGGCCCUUACCAUUGGCCCUUAUUUUUGGCCCCUACCAUAGACACUAUUUUUGGCCCAUACUACCAGCCACUAACUUUGGCCCAUACCAACGGCUCCCAUUUUUGGCCCAUACGAUUAGCCCCUAUUUUUGGCCCAUACCACUGGCCUCAAUUUCUGGUCUUUACCACUGGCCCCCAUCAUUGGCCCUUACCACCGGCCCCAUCUUUUGCCCAUACCACCGGCCCCCACCUUUGGUCCAUACCACCGACCCCCAUCUUUUGCCCAUACCACCGGCCCCCGUUUUUUGCCCAUA